UCAUAGGUCUCAAAUUUUCGCAACUAAUAUGAGAAUGAAUAAUUUCGAGAAAAUAGUGGCGGACCAAGUCCGCCGACAUAGGUACCUCUAUGAUCCGAUUAUGCGCGAUAAUACUGACGUUCAAAUUAUUAAAAAUGCAUGGAACGAUAUCGCCGCUGCCACCGGAAAAGACGAGGCAGAUUGCCGUAAAGCGUGGAAGAAUUUAAGAGACAAGUUUGUGAGGAUCAAGAAGAGGGUCUACACAGGAAGCAUUGAUCCAAGUCCAUACACGAUCAUGACAGAGCUGGGAUGGUUAUGCCAAUUUGUUAAACAUCGGGGGAAAGGCCCACAUCCAAAUGAAAUAUAUAAAGUGGUCUCCAUUGAGGAACAAUUGAAGACAAACAGCUUCCCAACCUCUCCGGCAUCAGAAACAUCAGAGACUGCGACUUCUGCCAAACCUCCACCCCUGUCCCUCAUGCAAUCAUCGCCACUUCCCCCCACUCCAUCUACUCUUCCACCCUGUCCAUCCCCCAAACGCAGCUCCUCGCCCUGUUCAAUUUCAGCUUACCCUACCCCAAGCAUCUCAUCCUGUUCCAAUGCCUCACCAUCUUCUACUGACUUAAUGCCGAAGAGAAUGUCUACCACUGAGGAAGCCUUACUGAAGAUACUGGAGCAGCUGGACUGGGAGAGGGAGAGGUCCAUGCUGCAGGACACUGAAGAUUUCAGAUUCGCUGCCGUCAUUGCUGACAUGUUGGCAAAAAUUGACCCUCAGCGGAAGCCUGAGGUUAAAUUCAAGAUCCAUCAAGUAUUGUAUGAAGCUGUGCAAAAAACCCAAACAUAGACAGCAUCAUGUUUUCACUGAGACUACGGUAU